UUCAGGUGCUAUUUUUGAUGUUGAAUCCGUGAAAAAAUAUAUAAUACUCCUUUCCACUUUUUCGGCGCGCCGCAAAGCACUUUUGACGGAGUCUCACCUUUCCAACUUCGAAAUGUCCAAAAAUUCGCUUCCGUUGUUCGCCUUUAACGUUUACGGUUGUAGCAAAAAUGCCGCUAUUUAGACCUUCGCUCAUAAAAGAGCCAAUAAUUUCAAAAGGCAAAAACAUUUACAUUUUCAUAUUUCAAAAUGUGUCAUAAUGUUAAACAUUCAACAUAACAACAACAUAACAAAUCAACUUGAAUGAUUUAAAAAAUGUACAGGACGUGACCCUGGAAUGCCCCAAAAUGUGACCCAAAAUCAACAGGAAGUGAUCUAUAAGUACCCAAACAUCAACAUGAAGUAAUCAGUUUCCAUACUUAAUUUAUGAGACUUAAUCAAUAAAAAAUCCAAAAUAACAUUUUAUUUUUCUUAAGUCUUUUUCCAUUGGUGUUCACACACACACACACAAAUUUUUCAAAUUGUCCAAAAUGAAAAGGACAUCACCAGGAAGUGACCCGGAAUUGCCCUAAAUUCAUCAAAACGUAACCCAAAACAACAGAAAGUGAGCCAGAAAAGCCUCAAAAUUAAAAGGAAGUCAUCAAUGAACCAAAUGAUUGACAUUCAGCUCCUACAAGUUCUGGCGCCACGCGGCGGUCACCAUCUUUGUCUUCGGUGGUCUCAUCGAGUCUGAGAACGAGACACCGAACACACCCCAUCGACAAGAAUGGAUUUGAAGGCUGUCCUCCGGGGGGGCAGUAAGCGGAGGGUGUGGAGCAGGCCGCCGUGCCCGUCCCUCUGCACUGCAUGGCUGCGAUGGCGCCCGCUCUCACCGACGCCCCAGCCGAAGCUCACCACAUCCGCUUCAAACUGGCCGCCCCUUCGUCGAGUUUGUCGCCAGCCAGUGCCGAGAACCACGCCGACCCCGGCAACAUCCUCAUCCGCGGCUCCCCCAAGUGUAAGGUGGCUCCCGAAGACGCGCGUCCCCCGGACUCGCAGGAUCAGAAACAGCAGCAGCUGCCCGCGCCUCCGCAGGGCGACUCCCUGGGGAAGCUCCAGCCCCUGGUGGCGUCCUACCUUUGCUCCGAUGUGACCCCCGUGCCCUCCGGCAAAGAGUCCAUCACGCUCCAAGGGGUCCUCAUCAAACAGUCGGUCCUGAAAAGUCACCGAAUCCUGCCCGGCUCGCUGCUCAACGGCGGCGACUUCCUGCUACGCAAGCGCCACGCCGUGGAACUUUCCGGAGGCCGGCUCAAAGGCCUGAUGAGCGCCGCCGACGGCGGGGGCAGACCCGCCGCGCCGCCCGUCAACGGCCUGGCCAAGAAGCUGGCCGCCGUAUCGGGCCGCGCCUCGCUCAACGGCGACGAGCCUCCUCCCGCCGACGGAACCCCGGAACCGGAUCGCUCCCCGGGAGUUUGCCCCGAUCGACGACCGGCAGCGACGAUGACGCCGCCCGGCCCCGCCGAGGACGCGGCGUCCAGUCCCUCGCGCUCGGACCGGGAGCGGCCGGGGCCCCCGUCCCGCGCCUCCCCGUCAGACGCCCGGGUAGGGGAGCGCGCGCGGCUCAAUGGCUGCCGGCAGGCGGAAAUCGAGGGACGCCUGCGCCGGCUGCGCAAGCGCCUGCAGGUGGUGCAGGCCAAGCAAGUGGAGCGCCACGUCCAGCAGCAGCUGGGCGGCUUCUUGGACUCGGCCGUGGGCCGGCUGCUCGCCGGCGGGCGCCGGGAUCGGGCGGCCUCGUCCUCGGCCGCUCCCUGGAGGCGCCACCCGGGAGCUGGCGACCGCGAGGCCCUGGCCCGCUUCCUCAAGAGCGGCUCCGUGCCGCUGGAGUUGGAGCGCCUGUACCUGAGCGGCUCGGCCAACCUGCGCUCGGCCGAGAAAGCCUUCGACUCGGACGUGACCGAGAGCAGCUCCGGCGGCGACUCGGACCUGGAGGAGGACCAGCUGAGCCGGGCGGACGUGGAGCAGCGGCACGUCAAAAUCUGGAAACGCGCCGAGAGCCGCUACACGACGGAGCGGGCGGCCAUCAUCAGUCACUGGAACUGGCUGCAGGCGCACAUCUCCGACUUGGAGUACCGCAUCCGCCAACAGACCGACAUCUUCCGACAGAUCCGCGCCAGCAAGGGUUCGGUGGAGCUGGGAGGGCUCGGGCCUCAAGAAGCCAAGACGGAGCAGACGGACACGCAGGAAGUGUGUUUGGAGCACGCCGGCGCCGCGGAACCUUGGAAAGGCCAAAACGGGCAGCCGCUCAACGGCGUCCUCAGCAGGGUGACUGAGAGCGUGGAAGGCGCGUGCGCGGCGGCCCGGACGCGGCCUCUGAUCGGCUGGAGGCGCCGGAGGCUCGUCCGACCCGACGCCGUGGCCGACCUCAACGGAAAGGCGUCGCGGCGGAGCGGCGGCGGCGCUUGCGGGGUUAACCCCGCCUGCGUGAUGUGCGGCGGGCGGCCCGUCCCGAGGGAGGACCCGCAGUUCGAGCUGCCCGUCUUGGAGCGCCUGUCUCGACUGGACCCGGGGGUCCACCCCAUCCUCUCCUUUCCGGACGACGUGGGAGCGGGCCUUCGCGUCCAGCAGGCCAUGAAGAGUUGCUGGAGCGGCCGCUCGCUGGAGAGGAGCAAACCCCUCAAGAAGUUCUCGCUCAAACACAAACUGUCCUCGUCCAAAGAGAAGCACAAGUUCGCCAGCUCGCUCAUGGCAGUCCGACUGAGCCACUACAAGAACCGAGCCGACAAGUCCAGGACGCCGGAGGGCUGCAAGACGGAACGACUGGCGGGCGCGUCGGUAGCGCUGCCGCCGUACGACAAGGGCUACGGCCGCAAGCGGUCGCGAGAGCACUCGGCGGACAGGAGCGACGCAGCGUCUCCCAAAUUCUUCACGGACUCGAGCGCCGCCGUCUGCCCGCCGCUAUCGGGCGUCCACAGCCCCGUCGCGCGGCAGCUGUCCGCGUCGUCGGACGUCCCGCCUGGCGCACUUUUGCAGCCCGUCAAACGGAGGCGCGGCGAGAGCUCAUUUGACAUCAACAACAUCGUGAUUCCCAUGUCUGUGGCCGCCACCACGCGAGUGGAAAAGCUGCAGUACAAGGAGAUCAUCACGCCCAGCUGGCGAGCCGUGGACAUCCCGCCUGCGCCGGACGACGACGAUCGAGAGGUGGAGGACUUGUCGGACGCGGCCUUCGUGCAGCUCCAUCAGCCGUACGAGGACCAGGAGCGCUCCCGCUGGACCUGGAUGGCUUUGGCGCCGGCCAAGCGGAGGGGCAGCAGGUCGUACAAGUCGGCGGACGGGCGCACCACGCCGCUCUUGUGCGGCACCAACCCCCCGACCCCGCAGCCGGCGUCGCCCGAGCACGACUACGGCCACCUGGCCUCGCCCCUCAGCCCCCCCAGCCCCGACACGCCCUGUUCGCGAGACUCUCACCGCCCGGUGUCUAGCGAGGACACCCGCUGCUCCACGCCCGACUUGGCCUUUGAGGAGAGGACGGUGGCGCCGUGGGAACGGCGAAACUUCCCGCUGGCCGAAGACCCGGCGCCGGAGCCCGAGCCGCGGAGCCCGCCGUCGGGGCGCCGGCGCGACUGGGACGACGCCGAGCCGCCCUGCUGCCGCGACGACGAGCCCAAGCGGCCGUGAGCCCGCGUGCGCGCUUCCUGUUGUUUGAUAUUCAAACAUCAGCCUAAUCCUUUCACGGUUUUAUAGUGAAGACCGCGCGGAUAGACGCCGCGGAUCGGCGUCGUAGGCCGGAGGGGGCGGGGCUCCCGCACGCGGUAGCGCACGAUGUAGCGACUCCUCCAAAUGUGGCCAAAGGGUGUUUUUUGUUUCCCCACCUAUCCUUUAGUUUGCUCGUAAUUCCCGUGUACAUUUUAGCGGAGUGACAAAAAAAGGUACAUUUCACAUCCGGGCCGCCCGAGCAGAGCACUUGUUGACCCGAGUCGCUUUCUGUUUCCAUUCCCGACACAUUUGUACGUCGUGUGUUCCAGCGUAACGUUGUGCGUCUCUUGACUCGUGAAAGCAUUCAUUCCUACCGCCGACGGGGCUCGGCCCGCCUCGUCCCCGUCCCGUCCCGUCCGGUCCGUCGACUCGAUGACUAUGCAAAAGUAAAAGCGGAAAGAGGGAAAGGGAAAAAAAAAAAAAAAAAAGAACCCUUCUAGUUUGCUUUUGGCCACAGCACCCCAUCACUGUUCUCGCUCUCUUCAGUAGUGACGUCACAUGUUGAUGUACAUGUUUGAUUGUUGCAGCAGUUCUCACUAUUGUUUGCUUUUUGUAAAUAGUUCCAUUAAAAACAUUUAUGUUGAA